AUGGCGAAUCCACUCACCGCGCAGUCUGUACUGCAACAAAUGGCAGAAGCCCUGCCUACCCACCCCAAGGGCGACACCACCUCCGACAUUAGCAGCGGCUAUGAGCUCCCUGCCCUCCUCACGCAUGCCUGCAUGGCGUCCCUCAAGUUCCGUCUUCUGGGCUUUGAUGAGGAGAAGAGGAUAGAAGAAGAAGUUCAAAGCCUCGCCCCGCGUCUACCAGCAUCAUGGAAUGCCGGCUAUGGCUCUCUCCGCUUUGUAUACGCCCACAAGCAGUCGUCCAUGACGUCCAUUAUUCGGAUUAGUAAAGUUGGCGGCAAAGUCGAAAUCAGCGGGCUCGCCGUCGGCCACGAUGUCAUUCAUAGAUUUGAAAUCACGACAAAGGACGUCAUCAACAACUCAAAGCUCCCUUUGCGCAUCACACUCACCGAGGACGGCUCCGAGGACAGGACCGACCUGGUCGAGAAGCUCAAGGAAGCUUUUGUAUCAGAGUCUGCCGUCACCAAGCUGAUUGAUCAAUUCAAGACGGAGAUUGUUCAAAAGCUCAUACCCAAGUUGCAAGUUGAAGGCUAUGAAGAGACGCCCGAUGAUAGGGACGCGGCGGAGAACGCACAGAGAGAAGGCCGCGCUCAGGCUGGCCGUCCUGGACGGCCAUUACCCGGUGACCUGCCUGAUCCCGCGCGCCCAUACCCGGUCAAUGAUCCUCUCGCCCAGCCUCCCAGACGACCUAUUCCUGCCGGAGACUUCCCACCGCCCGGAUUCGAAGACGAGUACGAAAUCAACAGACCCCCUCGCCCACUGGGAGUUCCCGGUCGAUCGCCCUACAACAUCGGCCACGACGACCUCAACCCGCCUGGUCUUGGUCCCAACGACCCACUGAGAGCAUCUUUCAUCGGUGGCGGUGGUCUUCCCCGACCCGGAGGAGGCGGCGGAAUGCACCCUACGUUUGAUGACCCCCUUUUCGGAGGGCCGGGUGCUCAGGCAGGUGGAGGCUACGAUCCCCAAGCGCCACCGGGUGCUAGAUGGGACCCCCUUGGUCCGGGUGGCAUGCCCAGACACGGCGGGGGACGCGGAAACCCCUUUGGAGGCUCGGGGGGCUUCGGGGGAGGGUUUGGUGGAGGAUUCGGAGGAGACAUCAUCUAA